AUGGUUCUAUUAUUUUGUAACACAUGUAAAGCCGAUCAUGCUCAAUUAACAUUAGUGAAAUCAAUUGAUAAAUGCUCAGCACAAAUAGCAAAAGAUGGGGAUAUGGAAUUAACUAAGAGCCAGCUUACAAUUCUUUUAACAAGAAUGAGCAAAAUAGAAAAUCAGAUAAAUAGUAAUAGAAAUGAAAUGCCAAGAACUGUAACAUCUAGAUCAACAACAUAUGCGGAAGUAACAAAACCGCUUGCGGCACAAAUAUCGAAUGAAGAAACAGUAGUAACAACAAUUGAAUCAUCUGCUGGGGACUGA